CGAGGUGGGGGAACGGAUUAGACGGAUGGAACUUCCGGCGGACGCGCAGUCGGUAAAAAAAAUCCCCGGGAACGAGAUAAAAUAAUAAUAUUUGAUGAAGAUCUAAGUAACGAGAAGACUUAAACCUAACCUUACCUGUGAGGAUGUCCAUUUCAAUUAUAAUAAAGUGGAGUGGACAAGAAUACCCUGUAACAAAAUUGACAGAAGAGGAUACAGUGCUGGACUUGAAGGAAACAAUCAAAACUUUAACUGGGGUGCUGCCGGAGCGCCAGAAGUUACUUGGCCUGAAAAUCAAAGGUAAAGCUGCCGAAGAUGACGUUAAGCUGGGCGUACUUAAACUGAAACCAAAUACUAAGAUUAUGAUGAUGGGCAGUAGGGAAGAAUGCCUGGAGGAAGUACUGGCACCACCCCCCGACAAUGAUGAUGUCAUCAAUGACUUUGAUAUUGAGGAAGACGUUAUAGAAGUAGAAAACAGGGAAGAGAACUUGGCCAAAAUUGCACGCAGAGUUAAAGACUAUAAAGUUGAAGUCUUAAAUCAACCUCGGGAAGGGAAAAAACUGCUAGUUUUAGAUGUGGACUACACGUUGUUUGAUCACAGAUCCUGUGCUGAGAGCGGACUUGAGCUAAUGAGGCCGUACCUUCAUGAGUUCCUCACUUCUGCGUACGAAGAUUAUGACAUUGUUAUAUGGUCUGCAACCAGCAUGAAGUGGAUUGAAGUGAAAAUGAAAGAACUAGGAGUUACAACGCAUGCUAACUAUAAGAUCACCUUCAUGUUGGAUAGUGCUGCUAUGAUUACGGUGCAUACGCCUAAGAGAGGGGUGGUCGAGGUUAAACCACUGGGUGUCAUAUGGGAUAAAUUUCCGGAAUUCUACACCAGAAAGAAUACAAUAAUGUUUGAUGACAUUGGUCGAAACUUUCUGAUGAAUCCACAAAAUGGGCUAAAGAUCAGACCCUUCAUGAAGGCUCAUCUCAACCGAGAUAAAGACAGGGAGCUGCUGAAACUGUCACAGUACCUGAAGGAGAUCGGCAAGCUAGAUGACUUCACAGACCUCAAUCAUAAACACUGGGAAAGAUAUCUCUCUAAGAGGCAAGGACAGUGAGAGCCUCAAGUGGAUCUUUCUGCCUCAAUUGUGCACUCUUCAGAACUAGAUGAGAAACUUUAACUGUGAUCGAACUCAGAACGAGUGCUGAGCACUGCAACAGUCAAAAACGAAAACGAAGAGAAAAAAUCGCAACGCCAAAGGGACUUAUCAACUGACGUGCUACCUGCAACUUUGUUUAUACUUGAGUCGUUUCCACUGCUGAUCCUUCAGUCAGGACUAGCGAAUUGAACAAAGGACAGUGUGCUUCAGCAAAACCUGGCACACUGUUUGCAUACAUAGGAAAAUGCUGCAUCGCCAUAUACCCCUGUCUCAGUGUAGUUUCCUUGCUAUAUCAUAUGGUUGAUUGAUUGAAUCCAGCAGUAAGUUAAUUGCAGGUUAUUUGAUGCAAGAGUAAGUUGUUCUUAUUUCUUUCUGACAAACGAAUUCCCCUUGUAUGCUGAGUUUGGAUUAUAUACGUCAUAAAACAUUUGAAUUCCUGUAUGAACAAAUUCCAUUUGACCUGGAUUUUAAGAGGGAAUGUUUCAAGCUUGCCUGUUAGUGGAGUGAGCUCCAGUGGAUAAGCAAUAACAGAUGCGCUGUUUGCUUUUGGUCCUUGCCCCACUUCAUAGUCCCCAUCUCUUAUUCUCCUUUCAGCUAGUGCUAAGCAGUUUGGAUAUGCUUGAUGUUUUAGUGCAUCGACUGUCCCACUGACCCCCUGUGUUUCUAGCCGGACAUGGGUUAGAGGCAUAGUGCCUUUUUGUGGUCUGUACCUGGAGAAUUUGUCUCCUCACAUUUCACCCUCGCUGCUCGUUGAUUCCUGCACCAUUGCACCACAAACUGUUACUUUGACAAUGUUGCUUCCAUCAGAUGCUGCUGAUGUCGUUCCAAACAAACUGCUGACCGGUGGGGUGCUGCAUUUUCUGAGCAUUUUUCUUUGAAUGUGUUUGAGAUCCAUCAGUGGAUUAAAAAAAACAGCCUGGCUUUUGGUUUCUACCUAGCCACCUUACAUGGUUGAGCAGCAGUGAUCAUUACUCUGCACAGCAAAAGGGUGGCCACAGGAGUGGGGCCCUGGUGAAAAUUCCUGUUUACACAGUACAAAGAUAACAAAAGGUAGCUAAAUUAACUUUAUAUGGAAGUGCAACUUUAUGUUCCAAUCCUAAGUGGUUUCUUGCAGCUGAAGGUUUAAAAAAUUGCCAAAAGCAUGCAGUGGUGAGAAAUGCUAGCUGUUGCUGAGUUUUACAGCACUUUUUUUCAAGCAAUUAGCGGCAAGAAUAUGGCAUACCAAUGACUAAAUGUGCCCAAAGGUAUUGAAGGGAGUGGUCUGCAUAGGGUCCAGGCCUCUUUGAAGGCAAGGAAAGAAAACCACCUUAUAUCCAGACAUUCCAAUGUAUGUGGCAGCUAUUGGGAACAACCAAUAAGAUUAAAAUCGAGAGAUUUGGACUCUGGAGUCUUAGUUCUAUGUUGCCAUCCUUCCAUCUCGCGGCUCAUUAGAAAAUGCAGGUCAAAGCAACACAUGCACCUGAAUGCAGUGGUGCUUUCUGCCAAGUUUUUUCUUAUACCACCUCUCCCUACGCAACGUGGAUCAGGCAAAUAACAAGAUGUGCUGGAGAUCAGAUGGGGCUCCCCUGCUGGAGUUGAAUGAAGGUCAAACUGUUCUGUUUACAGUUCAACCUGGCUGCAAACAGCCAGAAACAUUCUGGAAUUCUAAUGUUGGUUUCUUCCUGUUGUGAAUUUCCAUUCAUUACUGCGAUGUGUUUAUUUUCAUUCUUUUAAAUAAUGAAAACAGACAUUCCAGGUUGAAUUCUGUUAUUAAAGUGAUUUUCUGUGGAGCAAUAUUGAAAGUGUAAAUAUUAAAUAAAAUACCUGAUGAUA